AUGGACGGAUCAGAUGGGACGUUCCGGACGCCAAACUAUCCCUCGCCCUAUCCGCCAAACAUCUCUUGCAUCCUCUUUACCUUCAUCGGAGAUCUCCACGAACUCGUCCGCAUCCAGUUUCAACGAUUUGAACUCUCACCUCCAGCAGCCAUCCAGAACGGAUGCACAGAUCGCAUUCGUCUCUUCCUGGACCUUGAAAGGCCUGAAAUUCCGUACGACGUGAACCCAAACUUUGAAAUCUGUGGCCGCAUGCCAGCGAACGAAACGACCUACUUCUCCAGCAAGCGAGUCAUGAUUGUUGAGUUCCAGAGCGGAACACGCCUGCCAUACACAUUUGCUGGAUUCCAAGCCUUCUACACUUUCGACAAGCAAUCUGAAUUUGGUGUGGGUUCAAAGAGGCUGAACAGCGAAUGCACCUACUCCUUCUACAGCGGCAAUAUCAAAGCCAAAAAAUUUAAGAUAUCCUAUCCUGCAACUUCUGCUACAGAAACAUCUACUCCAGAUACCUCAGAUACCAUAUCAUCCUCACCAUCCUUUUCAUCAUCUCUCAAAUCAUCAUCAUCCUACUCACCAUCAGCAUCGCAUUCGUCAUUUUUAUCAACACCCACGCAAUCAUCAUUAUUGUCAUCACCAGUAUCAUCAUCGUCAUCAUCACACACAUCGUCAUCGUCGUCGUCGUCAUCAUCUGUAUAUCCAAGCAAUGCCUUUGUGUGUCAGUAUUUUUUCUACGGAGCUUCCAACGAGCGAGUCGUCAUCAACUUCACGAACGUUCAUCUCUCGUCAUCCUCCUCAGUGUUAGUUGCCCUGAGAACUUUAAUUAUAUGUCCGCUCGUUUGA